GCUUGAUAACGGUGAGAGCUCUAGAACUUUGUUCAUUUGUACUAAGAAAAUUACUGAAAUAGCAGAGUUUAAUCCUCGGAGAAGAAAAUGCCACUCAAAACUGCAAUAUCUCAAACCUGGGCCAUCAUAGUGGACUUGUACACAUCCAGUAACAGGCCAGACUGGAGAAACAACCGCCUUCUUUUCAUUACUUGUUUAGUAUUAGGCUUUACCUUUGGGUCUCUGCUCUUUGUAGGCUUAUAUUAUUCCUUAGCAUAUGGAAGCGUUGUCUCUGGGACUGUUUCUGGUAUGGCUGCUGUGAUUGUGACAGGAGCUUUGUUUUGCUCCAAGCGGGUUCGUUGUUUCAGUGUGUUAUUUUUGCUUUCUUGCGGCAUGCAGGAAGGGAGGAACUUCCUCAUUACAGCUGGGACUGGCCUGGUCAUUUAUUGGAAUGUUAAAAACACUUUUCAAAACCUACAGGGCCUGGCCAGCAGCAUGGUCUGCAACUUGGAAAAAAGGAGGAUCUCCAUUAAAGUGACUCCCAUUGACAAUUACAUAAAACUCCUGAAAUGGGUUGGUGAGCAAGUUAAAGGGUUAGGCGAUUUUGUAGUUGUGAAGUUUGACUCUAAAUUAGAAGUAAGUCAGAGAAUUUCAUCUGAUGAGGCACUGGAAGAAAAGCUUAGAGAGGCAAAGCAGCAACUGAACGCCACUGCAGAAACAAUGAGUGGAAUCCUGAACACUGUGUCCUCUGUAAGCCAGAAAGUUCUGCCUGCCGUUGGGAUCAUUUUUGUUGUGUUUUGUACUGUGCUGUUCCUGAGAAAAUACUUCCAUAGUAAGAAAUUCAAGAACAUUUUUAUCACAAGGAAGUUUAUUCUCUUUGAUGAGAAGCAAAAAGCCACCGGAAAGCCUAAUGUUCUUCCCCUCACAAAGAAGGAAAGCAAACAGUACAUUGCCAUCCCUUCAUCCCACUUAACAGUCAAAGAAUGGAAAGCCAUGGGGACUUUCAUCAUUCCAGUUAUAACCCAUGUGUCAGCCUGGGCUUUAUUCAUAGGAGUUGAUUCACUGCUGUACUGGCUCAUUUUGACAAUUGGCAAACACCUCCAGAAUAUUGAGCCAUUUGAGGUUCCUUUAAAAAUGUCUGUAGACAAAGGAAGCACAAUUAUUGUUAUCAAGACUGGCUCUACCAGUGAAGAGAAUGAUUUUUCCUACUCCGUUCCUUUGAUUGAAAAAGACUGCAUUCCUAAACCCGAGCUCUUGCUCUACAAUUCAGUGGCUCCUCUCCUGGUAAUCAUCACCAUUCUGAUCUUGCUUGGCUUGUUGUCAGCCAAGCUAAUUCAGCUGAAAAUCCUGGUGUCUUCACUGUUCUAUCCUGACAAUGCUGAUGAGAGAGUUCAGUAUUUACAUGACAAAAUUCUCAGAAAGAGAUCAAAGAAGAGAUUAUGUGCAGUGAAAAGCACAGUGGUUGCACUUGCUAAAAAGAAAAGUUUCUGGUUCCCAAUAUUCUACCAGAACCAGGAGGAUGACACCAUUAUCUUAACCUGAAUGUUAAAAAAAAAUAAAAUGACCGGAGAGCACUGAAGGAAAAUCAACCAUAAUAUUCCUUCCAUUGUAAGAAAUAUUACAGUACAAUUCUCUAUUCUCUCUUCCUUAUGAAUGACAUUUUCAAAUAUGGGCACACAUAUUUAUGUACUCUAAAACAAGUGAAAUGUACUGUAUGUACAUAUGCAUUUUACAAUUAUUUUUAUCAUAUACAGGUAUUUAUUAUCAGAACAAAUAAGUAGGUUUAACAUAGUCGAGCAGAAUUGUGAGGUGUACUCUUACUCUCCAUCUUUUGAUCUUGUAAAUCAAAGCAUUGACUUAUCUGGUGACAAAAUAAGUGUACAAAAAAACAAUUUCCUUCCACAUUGUCAUUUUGUACAUGCGUGAGUCACACUUUGCGUUUCAAUACACAAUCUUGAAGAUGUAACACUGCUUGCAGUGAAGCAUACAUUUCGAAAGGUAAAGCAAAAUACUCCAUAGGCCAGUCAUCUUUGAAGGUUUAUACUUUUUUACCAAACAGGCUUUUAUGAAGUUUUUUUUUUUAAUAACAAUGACAACUAUACAUUAUAUAUUUUUUUAAAGUAUGCAGAAUUUUAUUUUAAAUCAGUUUCUGAUUUGUUGUUCAAUGUAGCAAAGCUGUUUAAGAUUAAAGAGCCUGCAAAAUUGUGA